AUUAUAAAGAAGAGCAAGAACAAGAAUUAGAGGUAUUAAAAUCGAUUUAUCCGGAUGAGUUGGAAGAAUUAGGUGAAGGAGAACUUCGUAUAACGGUAAAUCCUGAAGAACAGGACAGUUCAGCACCGCGUAAG